UCUCUUAAAACGUACUAAUUAGUAUGACAGGUUCUGGUUCUCCUUGUGGUGCCUGCAAGUUCUUGAGAAGGAAAUGCAUUAGGGGUUGCAUUUUUGCACCUUACUUCUGCCAUGAACAAGGUGCUACCCACUUCGCAACCAUCCAUAAGGUCUUCGGGGCAAGCAAUGUGUCGAAAUUGCUUGCUCAACUCUCCGCCAGUGACCGAUGCAGAGCCGCGCUUACAAUCUCAUAUGAAGCUCAAGCUAGGGUUCAAGAUCCUAUAUAUGGCUGUGUUUCCCAUAUUUUUUCUCUCCAACAACAGAUUAUUAGUUUAGAAGCACAACUAGCUUCUGUCAAGGAACAAGCAGCUAAAGGCUAUUCCAGCAAUAAUUUCCAAGGUUGGCUUCAGUCGGAAAAUUCAAACACACUGAUGCCACAAAGUGUGAUUAAUGAAUCAAUAACACCAGUAUAUUCCGGAAACAAGAACCCUAACUCUUUCGCGGCUAAUGAAAAUUCCAUGAUUCCAGAAGUACUAAAUGACAUGUACGGAAGCUACGGAGAGUCUUAUAAUUCCACGUGUUCAUUAGACAUGCAAAUGAGCAAUAUUUCAUGGGGUUUUGAUCAAGAUCAUGACUGAUGAGCACUGAUGAGCUUCAGUUAUCAGCAGUAGUCGCCGGAAUAUUAUCAUAAUGCAAUAAAUGGGGAAGGUUUUGCAAUUUUUAUUGACACAUACAAGAAAAACUAGGAACCCUAGGAGUGCUCAUACAGCAGUCACAAAUAUUUUUCAAAAAAUGCAGUACGGUAUUUUUCUCACCCACAAUAAUGUGAUAUAGCCGGUAGUGCCCUAUCUGUAAGCCUCAAGAGAUUUCCUGAGGUUUUCUGGGUCCAGUGAAGUGAACGCAUUUUCCAAAUGACUGA